AUGGAUGUGAACCUGUCUAUAGAUGAGCAGGAGAUGUGGGAGCAGAGAAAGCUGAGACUGGAAGCGCUAAUCAGGGCCAACCCAAGCCAGCAACGGCACAAUCCUGCACGACGCGCUCAGAUUAUGGAUCCUCUGCUGUACUUGGCUGCGAAGGAAGGGGACGUCGACAAGUUCAUUAAAGCCCUGGAGGAUCAUUGCGCCAGAGAAGGAGUGUCGUUGCCCGUGACUCUCGAGCAACUCAGCCCAUCCGGGAAUACACUGCUUCACGCUGUGGCAGGGAGUGAUGAUAUUCUCAGAGCCCUCAUCGAUUUCGUCCCUGGCCACUUGAUCUCCCGGGGGAACUCCCGCCGAGAGAGGCCGCUGCACAUUGCAGCUAGAGCAGGGAAAACCGGUGCGGUGGAGCUUCUCCUUUCUCGGGCAAAUCCAAGAGUCCCUGACAUCAGUGGGAACUCCCCUCUGCAUGAGGCCGUGAGGAAUCGCCACUACGAGGUGAUCCGCCAGCUGACAAGUAAAGACCCGUAUCUGCUGUUUCUUGUGAAUAGAGAGAGAAAGACUCCAGGGAGCGUAGCUGUCGAAACAGGGGACUUGAACGUCCUCAAGCUCUUGCUGGAAGCCAUGCUGGCACUCUGGCCAGACUUGGUUGAAAUAGAGAUUUGUUUCGGCAUGCCACCUGCUCAUGUCGCUGUUGAGUACCAGAACAUGGAUAUGCUGACAGAGAUGUGGAACAAGAUGCCGGUGCUACUUCUAUUGAUUGAUGAACAAAAGCGCAAUCCACUCCAUUUAGCAGCUUACACGAAUUAUCUCGAUGGAGUCAAGUUCAUGAUAGAGAAGUUGCCGUUGAGUGCCCUGCAGCAAGACGGCGAGGGCUAUCUUCCUAUCCAUGUUGCUUGCAAGAUGGAUCACGUGAGGAUCGUCGAGGAGCUACAACAGCUAUGGCCAGACCCCGCAGAGUUUCGAGAUGGAAGUGGAGAAAACAUUCUUCACGUGUCAGCAAGGUACGGAUGCAUUUCAACCGUCAGAUACAUACUGAAAAGUCCCCAAUUCGCUGACCUCAUUAAUGCAAGAGAUAUCUACUUGAAUACUCCUUUGCAUCUGGCUACGUUGCACUGGCAACCUUCGGUCUUGCUUCUUCUUUCACGAGACGGAAGAGUUGAUCUUAAGCUGGUGAAUGCGGAUGGCAAGACGGCUCUAGAUGUGGCAGAGGAGGCCAUUACAGAAAUAGAUGCUCCACUUCAGAAGUCAGAGCCUAAAGAGAGAAAGGGACCGCCGGCAUUGGACAGACUUAAGGAGGAGAGAAAUACUCGCAUGCUUGUGGCGACACUCGUGGCUGGCAUGACUUUCGCUUCUAGUAUUCAAGUUCCCGGCGGAUACAAUAGCUCUGAUCAAGAUGCUGGAAUCGCCAUAUUGCUUCACAAAGCGAUGUACAAUGUCUUUGUGAUUUGCAACUGCAUCGCUAUGCAUAGCUCGAUCAUCGCACUCGUGAUCCUCCUCUGGACACAGAUUAAUGAUCCCUUCGUGCUCCAAAAUGCCCUUUCAAAAUCAAGACUCACAUUGUUGGUAGCUCUUGAAGCAAUGCUUCUAGCAUUCAUGGCGGGCGUCUAUGUGAGCGUAACCGAACUUGCUUGGCUUGCGAUUGUUGUCCUCGUCUUGGGAUCCGUCGCCCUUUUCAUUAUCUUGAGUUUCUACCUUCUGUUGCAUAUCCCGCUCGGGUGCAAGCAUCCUCUCGUUCGUCGCUUCACUGACUUAAUCAUCGUUGUGGGUAUUUCAAUGUCGGGGAGCGUCACUGCAGGCAGUAGGACUAUCACUGGCUACGCGAUUCAGCUUUGGGCGGGGGGCCAUCCUGAAUUUCCUCAUCGCUAA